CACCCAAAAGUCGCGGAUUGUGAUAUGGUGCGCAACACGUUACCGAUUUAUAUUGUCCAUGGGAUUUCCAACCCCCGAUUCGCGACUAAUUAAUUCAUCAUCUAUCUUCCUUGAUCUGGCCCAAAGUCUUAUCGUUCGUUCAAUGAGACGAUGGACCCUCCACCCACAGAAUGGUUCUACCGCAGCCUCGCCGCCCGCGAAGGAGCGGACUCGGCGAGCGAAGCUGAGAAAUUCCGACUCAAAGUGGAAGAUGUCGUCCGGGACUUUCGCGCCGACAUUGUUCGCGAAAAGGAAAUGGAGCUUCGAGGACGGGGUGCGAAAUGGGCGUUGGCGGCUGCGAUUUGGAGAUUGGAGCAUCCGCCAGUUCGGAGAUGGUGGGCUUGUCCUGAGGAAGAUUUUGAUGCGAUGAAGAAGGGCGAUUUGUUUGAGGGAGUCGGGCUUGAGGAGUGGUGGAGGGGUCUGGAGGCGCUCUGGAAGGAGAGAUAUAGAGCAUUUCAUGGGGAGGACUUGCCGGAGGGAAAGAUGGUUUUCGAGGAGGUUUGUCGUGAGGCGCGAUCUCAAGCGGAGAUGACAAGGGCGAUCAGUCCCCAUGUCAGGCGCUCGCUUUGGGCAAGAGUGGACGCGGCUUCGAGGCUGCAGGCCGAGAGAUUAUUGGAGGCAUUGAAGGUUCUGAGUCGGAGACCUUUCCGAUUCUUGGAUUUACCCGUUGAUCUCCGGAGGUGUGUAUACGAUUAUGUCGACCUUGAAUGGAAAAUUGAGUCCUCACGGCAAAGGUCCAAGCUAAGUGCUGCGCCGGCUCUGCUUCAUUGCUGCAGGACCAUCCGCGAUGAACUCCUUCCCAUGAUGACGCUUCGAAUGAACCUCGAUCUGUGGCCGGAUGAGGACUUCGCGGACAAAUUGUUGGAGUUCUAUCGUGCGUCUGGCGGAGCGGCUUUUGCGAGACCUCUCAAGAGGGUGCAAGUGUCCUUUUCGUCGCGGCGCCCGGGAAUAAGUCACGAUGUCAUAUUUUCUCUGAACGACGGACGACUGAAACACACGAGCGGUAUGUAUCAGUUUCGGAAGAGGAUCCGCGACCUUCCUGGAGGAAUCGUACUGGAGUUGGCAAAGCUGGUUGGAAUUGCAGAAGCUAGGCGAGAGAAGGAGAACUUGCAGGGCGAGAUCUUGAUUUUGGCCGUCGUAGAGCAUUUCACGCGUUUCGAUUACCUUUUGCAGCCGGAACAUCCGCAGAUGAGGCAAGUACUUUGGGAUUGGCAGCACGCGCCGUAGGCUUGAGGAUAGAAGGUCUAGGCUGUGACUCACUUGUUUUGUGGUUGAAUGAGAUGUUGAUCAGACCAGGUUAUGAAACGAUGGUUGCCGCGAC